AUGUCUCGAGGACCCGGAGAUCACUGGGAGAAGCUCCAGAUCAUUCUACAGAACCGAGGGGCUCGCCCGCGGAUCAACUUUGGCGGUGGUGGUCUGCCGGGCGGUCGCGGCGGCUUGGGAGCUCUGGGAAGCCUGAUCGUGCUGGGUAUCGGAGGAUGGGCUAUUUCUGAUUCACUCUUCAACGUCGACGGUGGUCAUCGUGCUAUCAAAUACUCGAGGAUAGGUGGUGUGAAGAAGGAGAUCUACAAUGAAGGAACACAUUUCAGGAUUCCGUGGUUGGAGACACCGGUCAUCUACGACGUCCGCGCGAAGCCCCGAAGCAUCGCCUCUCUCACUGGCACCAAGGAUCUGCAGAUGGUGAACAUCACUUGCCGUGUUCUAUCGAGACCUAGGGUAGAUGCGCUGCCCCAGAUAUACCGCACGCUUGGACAAGACUUUGAUGAGAGGGUGCUCCCCUCCAUCGUGAAUGAGGUCUUGAAGAGCGUUGUUGCUCAGUUCAACGCUAGUCAGUUGAUCACGCAGCGAGAGAAUGUCGCGCGGUUAGUCCGGGACAACCUUGCUAGACGAGCAGCUCGCUUCAACAUUGCUCUGGAUGAUGUCUCUCUCACUCAUUUGACCUUCUCUCCCGAAUUUACCGCUGCCGUCGAAGCCAAGCAGGUCGCCCAACAGGAGGCUCAGCGGGCUGCCUUCCUCGUCGACAAGGCGCGCCAAGAGAAGCAAGCUUCCAUCGUCCGUGCCCAGGGUGAAGCCCGUUCAGCAGAACUCAUUGGAGAGGCCAUCAAGAAGAGCAAGAGCUAUAUUGAGCUUCGUCGGAUCGAGAAUGCUAGACAGAUUGCUUCGAUCCUGCAGGAAUCUGGUGGCAAGAACAAGUUGUACUUGGACACACAGAACCUGGGUCUGAAUGUUAACGCAACCGGGGAGGAGACCUCAAAAUGA